AUGUCCAAGUUCACUUUGUCCCUCUUCGUCGCUCUCUUCAUCAUCGGAUUUGUCGCUCAAGAAGCCACCGCCCAAUACUACUACGGUGCUUAUCCAUAUGCUUAUGGUGGCUAUGGAUACGGAUACCCGGGCUACGGAUAUGGCUACGGAUACUACGGCAAACGUGAAGCUGGCUUUGGACCUGCUGAACAGGCUGAGGGUAUCAAGCCACCUCAUGCGCAGUAGAGAUUGAAGGCAUUUUGGAUCAAUGUCAUCUGAUCAAAGGACUUUUCGCCUUAUCAUAUGAUAAAUCGAGUAUAAUGUCAUCUACAACGGCUUUACAUGGUCAUUGUUUACUAUCUUCAGGCUAGUGUUUAAAGCAGUAUAUUGUGAUAGUGUUUACGAGGCAUCAACUUGUAAUUGUUCUUAAAACUUUAGUUUUGAUGAUUUGAAGUUAUACUACCUGAUUUCACUGCCAAGUCUUUCUUUCUUUUUUCAAUUUCUCAUUGUACAACCAAGAUCUUUUAGUUAGUUAUCAUUGGACUGACAAUUGUCAUCUCAUUCCAUACUUUUAAUGAUUUGAAAUAAACUUUUUAUUGAACAACUUCAACUUGGAGCCCUUUGAUACAUUGUUACAUAUCUGUGUUGAUGAAGUAGUCUAACCUUUGCUCCUUAGUUUGGUUCUGCAAAUAUCUACCUUUUUAUGGUAGAUAUUUGCUUCUUGUAAGGUAGUCAUAGCAAUAAAUACGUGGCUUUUCAUUCCAAAUUAUUGGCUUGGUAAAGGCUGAACUAUAACUCAAUAAGGGGCUAGAGCUUUGAUGGGUUACUUAUAGUCUACAAGGCAGUAUUAAUAUUAUUCAACAUAACAUUCAUAUAGAUAAGGCAAUAUUAGUACAUUAAGUACAGUGGUUUCUCACGAACCAUCUGUAACCAACUCUCUUUAUUAUAAACAAGAAAUUUGACUCCGCUAAGUCAAUUUGCAUUAAAAAUCACUUUAUAAAGACAACACCCCCUAUAGUAAACACAAAAUGUUGGUCCCUUCUGGUUGCUUAUGUAGACAGAGUAAUGUAUAAAUAAAGCAAUAUUAGUACUGAAUGUGAGAAGUGUCAGCUUUUAAAAAAAUUUGGUAAAAUACGUCGCAUAUAUUUAUUCGAUCAAUAAAAAUUUAUGAUUUCAGGUUAGUCAAGCUGUAGUUUUGUUGAUGUUUGAGCGUGUUGUUUGCAAAUGAAAAAAAGCAAAAGUUAAAUCGAGAUUAAGAAUUUUCCAUAGACAAACAAUGUUUAUGUUUGUAUGUGUUUAAUAAGUGCAGAGACAUAUCACAAAUAAUGGCAGGAUUAUGUGAAUCACAAAAUUUUGGUUUUUAAGGUUUAGGCUUAAAUGAUGUUUAAAAAUGAGCCUAAAGGUUGACUAAAUUGAAAAAAUAAGCUUGAAAAGAGAGCUAAAGUCUAAAAAUAAGCCUAAAAUUAGAAGUAAUAUUUAAAAAUAAGUCUAAAAAUAGAGAUAAAUUCUAAAAAUAGGCCUAAAGUUAGAAGUAAUAUUUAAAAAUAAUCCUAAAAUUAGAAGAAAGGUUUAAAAAUAAGUCUAAAAACAGAGACAAAUUCUAAAAAUAGGCCUAAAAUUAGAAGUAAUAUUUAAAAUAAGCCUAAAAUUAGAUGAAAGGUUUAAAAAUAAGCCUAAAAAUAGAGACAAAUUCUAAAAAUAGGCCUAAAAGUAGGAUUAAAAUUUUAAAAAUAAACCUAAAAAUAGAAGUAAACCCUAAAAAUAAGCCUAAAAUCACAAUCAAAAUUUAAAAUAAGCCUAAAAAUAGUAUUAAACUGUUAAAAUAAGCCUAAAACGUCACCCAACAUUUAAAAUAAGCCUUGUUUUAGGUAUUGGACUAGACCUAGCUUGCGUUGGACUAAUAAAAAUUGCUGUCAGAAGGCCAAGGCCACCCUACAAUCAUGAUGAUCAAAUCUACGAAGCGCCAGUCGCUGACAAAUACAGUUUUCCCUCAGGGCAUACUUCUAGGGCCACUAUGGUUUGUGCUUUAAUGUAAGUGGGAGUGGGAUGAAAAAUGAAUUGUUGGCCUAAAACAUGAGUUUCUUUAGACUUUUUGACUGGAAAGGAUUAUUUCUAUGAACUUUUUGACCAAAAAGACAUUUUCUUUUAAUUUUUAGCCUAAAAAGUGCAAUUUUUGAACAUUUUUGAACAUAAACAACUUUUCUACAAACUUUUUGACCCCAAUUGUUAAAAAAUUAAAUUGCCGUUUUAGUGUUGAACUACUGGAUGUAAACUCCUAUCAUACUAAACUAUUCAUCUACACCAUUCCGGUGCUAUUAGGCUUAUCAAGAGUGGCAUUGGGACGACAUUAUUUGACUGAUGUCAUGGCUGGUAAGCUAUUAUAAUAUGCGGUUGAUAAUGAAAUUUUUUUGUAAUUUUUAGUUUUUAGGCUUAAAAUUUUUACUUUUUUCAAAUUUUUGAAAAUUUGCAUAAAAAAUUUUUUGAAAAAUUUUAAAUUUUAAAAACUUAUUAGGUGCCGACAUAAAAAACCCGCCAUACUUUUCAUGUAAUUUCCUGUAAAAAAUGGCGGGUUCUUUGUGUCGGCACCUAAUAGUAAAAAUAGUGAUGACAAUCCUUACAGGCCACGUCCUGGGCUCGAUUGAAGCAAUCAUCGCUAUGUGCUUACCACAAGCUGCUGUGUCUUUCGCUAGCUAUUACAUUCAGGAAGCGUUCACUUGA